AAGUCCGUCCCAACACCAGUCGACACUAACCUGGAGAACAAGAAAUCCACUCUGCUAAAUACGUUCAGUUCCAGCAACUUCCCUCUCAUUUGAUUUUACCUGCUCGAUCUCUGUCCGCCGAUCUUAGUCUUUGUUUUCGUCAGUGUCGAUUUUCAAGGAUUUUAGUCAUGAAGCUUGAUACUAGCGGUCUUGAAUCCACUGUACCCUUGUUCGGGGCAAGCAGUGAGCUUCAAGAUGAGUUUUCGGCUGCUCCAUCAUUCGAGAUUCCUAAUGCUAUUGAUUUUGAUGGAUUUCAGAAAGAGGCAAUUCAAAUGGUAAAGCCAGCCAAAGGGACUACCACUCUUGCUUUCAUAUUCAAGGAGGGAGUUAUGGUUGCUGCUGAUUCUCGAGCUAGCAUGGGAGGCUAUAUUUCAUCACAAUCUGUUAAGAAAAUCAUUGAAAUCAAUCCCUACAUGCUUGGUACAAUGGCGGGAGGAGCUGCUGACUGCCAAUUUUGGCACAGAAAUCUGGGGAUUAAGUGCCGGCUACAUGAAUUGGCAAACAAGCGCAGAAUCUCAGUUACAGGAGCAUCAAAGCUAUUGGCUAACAUUCUGUACUCUUACCGUGGUAUGGGUCUCUCUGUGGGGACCAUGAUAGCAGGAUGGGAUGAAACGGGUCCUGGACUAUAUUAUGUAGACAGUGAAGGAGGAAGGCUGAAAGGCACACGAUUUUCUGUUGGGUCUGGUUCACCUUAUGCAUAUGGUGUACUGGACAACGGGUACCGCUUUGAUAUGUCAGUCGAAGAAGCUGCUGAGUUGGCUAGAAGAGCAAUUUAUCAUGCAACAUUCCGAGAUGGAGCCAGUGGAGGAGUUGCUAGCGUUUACCAUGUGGGGCCAAAUGGGUGGAAGAAGCUGUCCGGUGAUGAUGUUGGAGAACUUCAUUACAAAUACUAUCCAGUGACCCCAGAGACCGUGGAACAAGAAAUGGUAGAAGUAUCAGGGGCAUAAAAAGUAAUUCAGUACCCGGACCAGGUUUGAGGUGUUGUUUCUCAUCAUACAUCCGAUGAAAGAAGUGAAAGAAUCCCAUGCUUGAGACUCAGCAAUAUAUUUAUGUUUGCUUUUGUUGAUUAUUGGAACAUUUCAUUUGUAGAACUGGGUUUCAAAACAUUGUAUUACAAAUUCUCGUAUCAAGAAUUUUUCAUCUGCAAUUCAGUUUA